AUGAGCCGCCGAGCGAGUUUGUUCGCUAAGCAGAACCCGGAAGAAAAGAAACCAAAAGGUGUCCGUUUUCCAGACGAGCUUGUCUUUCUUGAUAACAUAAAAGAGAAUGACGUGCAUGCUCUUGGAUCCAAGCUAAGAAGAGCAAGUCUACAAGUGGAUAUCAGUGCAAUUAAUGACGCAGGUCUGACGCCGCUGCACCAGGCGGUUCUGGAUGGGAACGAGGCGGCCGUGCUCGUGGCUCACGGGGUGGCGGUCAACAAACUGGACGAGGAUUCUUGGACGCCGCUGCACGCCGCAUGUGCAGAGGGACACGCAGAUAUAGUCAAGUUUCUAAUUGAAAGUCGGGCUGACAAGAACAUCUUGACAGACGAAGGCGAGCGACCCCUGGAUCUCGUGGAACCGUCUGACCUCCCAACCAUCCGGGUCAUGCUAAGUGACGUAAAACCAAAUACCGAUAACCAAUCAGAAGACGAGUUGGACGAUGACGUCACUGAUAAUGAUGUCACUGGAUGA